AUGGUAGUGAUAGAGGUACUCAGAAGUCCACUUGCAAGUAUUAUUUCAUUAGAUGGAUAUAACCACCAACAUGAAUUUUAUGGUAGUUCAAAAAGGAAUGAUUUUAGAACCCAAUUUAAGUGUAUGAAUUGUAAUUGGGAAUCAAAGGCAAAGAAAAGUUUCGCUAGAAUUCACGGCCGUAUUGUGAUGGCCCUAGCUGAGGAGUGUGGCAUUUUGCCUAGAACUCCAAACCGAAAAAUAUCAAGAACGAGGUUGUUGAAUGAACCAAUGGAAAUGGAUAAUUCAGGCACUAUUCCUAAUAAGGUUGCUAGGGUUGAGUUUGAGUCAGUUUGUGAAGAAAAAUGGAUGCCUGUUCUGAAAGAGAAUGGGGAUGUUAGUGAAAAUUGUACACAGCAAAAAUCGCCACCGUGGGGUAGUUUAGCUGAUCAGAAUUUGGGUGUUCAGAAUGAUGGCGAUAGUCCUUUGAGAGUUUCGAAAGGGGAAAUGGACCUGAUCGAUGGAUUAUAUUACUUGGAGGAAAGAGAUGAAGAGAUAUUAUCAAAAAGGAUUUUGAACCUCAGCAGAUUAAAUAAAGUCAGAAGCGUGUUAGAAUUGUACAUGUCAAUGGUGUUUUCUGGUUUGCUUCCAGAUUUCCACGCCUCUAAUUCACUUCUCUCCUGUCUCUUGAGGAAUGGAAAACUCGAUGAUGCCUUGAAAGUUUUCGAGUUUAUGAAGGUGAAUGAAAUGCUUACAGGCCACACUUAUAGUUUGGUUCUGAAAGCAGUUGCCAGUUCUUGGGGUUGUGAUGCGGCAUUAAACAUGUUUGAGGAAGCGGAAAGGGAUGGCAUAAGCAAGAAAUAUUUCGAUGUAGUUGUUUAUAACACGAUGAUAUCAAUGUUUGGAAAAGUUAAUAACUGGGUUCAGGCCGAGACAAUGUGGAGAAGUUUGCUAGAUAAUGGUCUUGUAGGGACGGUAGUCACAUAUCGCCUCCUUGUUUGCAUAUUCGUUCGUUGUGGUCAACACGAACUAGCACUUGAUGCAUACCAAGAAAUGAUUAGGAAUCAACUAAGUCCAAGUGAUGAUGUAAUGCAAGCUAUUAUUGGAGCGUGUGCAAAUGAGGGGAAGUGGGACUUGGCACUAAAUGUCUUCGAGAGUAUGUUAAACAGUGGGAUGAAACCAAACCUAAUAGCAUAUAAUGCUUUAAUCAACUCACUUGGGAAAGCCGGCAAGGUUGAACUUGCAUUUAAGGUCUUUGAUACCCUGAAAUUGUUGGGACAUGCACCCGAUGCAUACACAUGGAAUGCACUUCUUUGUGCAUUGUACAGGGCAAAUCGACAUGCGGAUGUUCUUCGGCUUUUUGACAGUAUUAGACGAGAGCACAACUCUGUUCUGAAUCUACAUAUAUAUAACACUGCUUUGAUGUCUUGCAAGAGGCUUGCAUUAUGGGAUAGAGCACUGCAGCUACUGUGGCAGAUGGAAGCUUUUGGAUUCUCUAUUUCGACUGCAUCAUAUAACCUUGUCAUUGGAGCUUGUGAGGCUGCAAGAAAGCCAAAAAUUGCAUUGCAAGUUUAUGAGCACAUGGUUCAGCAGAAACACUCUCCGGACACAUUCACUUUAUUGUCACUAAUGAGAGGCUGCAUUUGGGGUUCUCUUUGGAAUAAAGUAGAGGAAAUCCUAAAUCAAUCUGAACCAAAUGGAUCUCUAUAUAAUGCUGCUAUUCAAGUCGUCAAACGUUUAUCUAGUCACAGUAUGCAGCAGAGAAAACCAUCAGAUUUUGUGGCAAGGAAAGCUCGACACUGCUCAUGA